UUCAAGCAAACAUCAAGCCACUGGAAGUAAAAAAGGCUCAGACAAAUUUUGGGAUGAUUUUGGUGAUGACUUUAGUGUUUCUAGUACAGCAAAAAACAGUGGACCAAGCUUUGUUAACAAAGGAAGUGGACAGACCAGAGCUGGAUCCAAAGCCAAGAUGCCUCUUCAGACUCUGCAUAUGACUUCGGAGAAUCAGAAGAGGGUGAAAGAACUUCUUCGUGAGCUUCAAGGACAAGACCUCCCUGCUGGUUCAGAAGUACCGGUAUCAGAGGGAGAUGAUUGUGAUGAUCCAGAUUACUUGAAUGAUGAGCAGUGUUGUCCAGAAAACCAGACUGUUUCUAAAACUACCACAAGUGCUUCUUUUCAACAACCUGUGAAUUACAUUUCAGAUACUGAAGUGUCUUCUUUUGCUGUGAACAAACUUUCCAGGUAUGGCUUUAAUGGCGAGCGAUGCCGAGCAGUGCUGCAGACCUAUAACGGUAACAUCGGGGCAUCACUGGAGCACUUGCUGUUGCAGUGCUUCUUGGAAAGGUUUGGGCAGAGGAUGCAGAUCACCGAAAGUGCUGCACAGGCUAGUACUGAAAACUGUUUGGAACAAAGACAGGAAGAGGCUUUUGCCCUCUGUUCCAUCUGCGGAGACAAAUUUGUGGAAAGAAUUCGAAACAGAGUUUGGACAGUUGCGUUAGACCUGGCGUACCUCACAGACAUUCUCAGUGAGUCAAAGCAAAAGAAUAGCAACGCCAACAAUGGGCUAAAACCAGCUUCCUUGGGAGUUUGUAAACAUUACCUCCGAGGAGACUGCAGGUUUGGAUCAAAAUGCAAAUUCAAGCAUGGAAGUCCUCAUCAGCAACAAGGGCUUCUGAGCCUUAAAGAAGAUGCUCAUCUCAGACUGAACACUCCUGUGUAUGAACUUGAAAUAAGAUUUCCUGAGGGUAACAAAUAUCCCUACCAGCCACCCCUUGUAGCAUUCUAUUCUACUAAUGAGAACUUGCCUCUGGCUUGUCGGCUGCACAUUGCUGAAUUCCUGUAUGAAAAGGCCUUGAUGGCUUCUGAGUCUAAUGAACCUGUUGUUUAUGCUUUAAUAACAUGCUUAGAGGAUGAAGCUGAAGUAACAAAAUUGCUUGCUAAGACUUCCCACAGAUACAGUGUCCCUCCUCUGCCUCUGUUGAUGACAUCCUCAGCAAGAGCACCAGCAGAUGGUAAUAAGCGAGCACUUCCAAGUAGCUCAUGUGUUGCAUAUCAGAAUUCUGAAGCUGCAAAAGAAUUAGUGUUGGAAGAAGAAGAAGAAGAAAGCGAGGAACUACAGACUGUUCAUGUAGAGAGGGAGAGUUAUGUGAACUUCAAAAAGGACCUGAGAAAGUACAGUACUCAAGCAAAAUCCACUGACAAAGAGAAUGCUAAAAUUUGCAAACAAUUCAGCUUAAAGAAGUCUUCUAGGCACUACCAGGCCAUGUUGCAAGAAAGGCAGAAACUUCCUGCAUGGGAGGAGAGGACAACCAUUCUUCCCCUGCUGAACAAAAAUCAAGUCUUGGUUGUUAGCGGUAUGACUGGAUGUGGAAAGACCACUCAGGUUCCUCAGUUUAUCCUGGAUUCCUCAUUAGAAGGACCUCCCAGUAAGGUAGCCAACAUCAUCUGCACCCAGCCUCGGAGGAUCUCUGCCAUUUCUGUGGCUGAACGAGUAGCCAAGGAGCGAGGAAGAGUUGGAGUCACAGUUGGGUACCAGAUCCGGCUAGAAAGCAUCAAGUCUCCAGCUACCCGAUUGUUGUACUGUACUGCUGGAGUGCUUCUGAGAAGACUGGAAGGGGACCUGACUUUACAAGGAAUCACUCAUGUUAUUGUCGAUGAGGUACAUGAGAGGACAGAAGAAAGUGACUUCUUGUUGCUGGUUUUGAAAGAUAUAGUGGUUCAGAGGCCAGAUCUCUGUAUCAUCCUAAUGAGCGCAACUCUGAAUGCAGAACUCUUCUCUCAGUACUUUAACUCCUGUCCAGUUGUUAACAUACCAGGCAGGACAUUCCCUGUUGAUCAGUUUUUUUUGGAAGAUGCAAUUGCAGUGACUCGGUAUGUCUUGGAGCAUGGCAGUCCAUACAUGCGUAAUGCAAAAAAAACUCCUGGCAAGAAUCCCAAAGAGAGGCACUUGAGGACUGCCACAGAAGAGGUAGAGGAAGACCUGAGGCGUGCUGGCCUUCUGCAGGCUACAGACUCCUGCAAGGUCAAGGAUUCCGUCCCGGAUCAGCAAUUAACGGUUCAUCAGCUAAUGAUACGCUACAAAGGUCUUAGCACCUCAGUGUUAAAAACAAUGGCAUCCAUGGAUUUGGACAAAGUGAAUCUUGAAUUAAUUGAGGCCUUAUUGGAGUGGAUUGUCAGUGGCAAACAUUCAUACCCACCAGGUGCAGUGCUGAUAUUUUUGCCAGGCUUGGAAGAAAUUAAAACCCUUUAUAAGCAACUGCAGUCUAAUGCACUCUUCAAUAACCGGCACAGCAAGCGCUGUGUGGUUUACCCACUCCACUCCUCACUUUCCAGUGAAGAGCAACAGUGUGUGUUCCUGAAGCCUCCCAUGGGGGUCACCAAGAUCAUCAUAUCAACAAACAUUGCAGAAACAUCCAUUACCAUUGACGAUGUGGUCUAUGUGAUUGACUCAGGGAAGAUGAAAGAAAAGAGAUAUGAUCCAAGUAAAGGCAUGGAAAGCCUGGAGGAUACAUUUGUGUCCAAAGCCAACGCCUUGCAGAGGAAAGGGCGAGCAGGUCGUGUUGCCUCUGGAGUUUGCUUUCAUCUCUUCACUAGCCAUCAUUAUAACCAUCACCUUUUAAAGCAGCCACUGCCAGAAAUCCAAAGAGUGCCUUUGGAACAGCUAUGUCUUCGAAUUAAGGUUUUGGAGAUGUUGUCUACACAAAGCCUUCACUCUAUUUUAUCACGAUUGAUUGAGCCGCCAACAUCAGAUUCUCUACGUGCCUCAAAACUGCGAUUGCAGGAUGUAGGAGCCUUAACGUCAGAUGAAAAGCUCACUCCCUUGGGGUAUCAUUUGGCUUCCUUGCCUGUGGAUGUAAGGAUUGGGAAGCUAAUGCUUUUUGGCACCAUCUUCCGCUGCCUGGAUCCUGCACUGACUAUAGCAGCGAGCCGGACCUAUAAGACCCCUUUUGUAUCUCCAUGGGACAAAAGAGAGGAGGCGUUCAAGAAAAAGCUGGAAUUUGCAAUAGGAAACAGUGAUUAUCUAGCUCUUCUCCAAGCAUAUAAGGGAUGGCGCCUAGCUUCAAAAGAAGGUGCUCGAACGAGUUACAACUUUUGCAGAGAAAACUUCUUAUCAGAAAGCGUUCUUCUGGAAAUGGCAAGUUUAAAAAGGCAAUUCACUGAGCUACUGUCUGAUAUUGGAUUUGUGAAGGAGGGACUCAGAGCCAAAGAUAUUGAGAGGAAGUGGUCUCAUGGAGGUGACGGCGUUCUGGAUGCUACAGGAGAAGAGGCAAAUGCCAACUCAGAGAAUACCAAGUUGAUAUCUGCCAUAUUAUGUGCUGCUUUGUAUCCCAACGUAGUUCAGGUAAAAAUUCCAGAUGGGAAGUAUCAGAAGACCAGUGCAGGAGCUGUUAAGAUGAAACCAAAACCUGGGGAGUUGCAAUUUGUUACAAAAAAUGAGGGCUACGUUCACAUUCAUCCAUCCUCUGUAAACUAUCAGACCAGGCACUUUGAGAGUCCCUACUUGGUGUACCAUGAGAAGAUAAAAACCAGCCGGGUGUUCAUUCGAGACUGCAGCAUGGUGUCAGUCUACCCGCUGAUCUUGUUUGGAGGGGGCCGUAUUAAUGUGCAGCUCCAAAAGUCUGAGUUUGUGGUUUCCCUGGACGAUGGGUGGAUUCGGUUUGUUGCAGCUUCACACCAGGUGGCAGAACUAGUAAAAGAACUUCGCUGUGAGCUUGACCAGCUACUCCAGGAUAAAAUCAAAAACCCCAGCAUGGAUUUAUUUACCUGCCCCCGUGGAUCUCGUAUCAUUAGCAUGAUUGUAAAACUUGUGACAACACAAUAGUCAACUACAGAGGAUUUGUUACAAAGAUCCACCAGCAACACUUGCUUGGCAGCAAAAUACUGGGAACAUGGACAGAAGCACUGCUGAUGGCUGUGUUGAUAAGGCACAUCAUUGCAGGGCUGUGACAAAGAGCCUAAAGUCAGUCAAGGAGCAGAUCCCAAAGCCACUCUCUCUGAAAUAUCCCCCGUGUAGAGGUAAUGGGACUAGAGAAGAAAGUACUUGAUGCGUGGAAAUUUAUAUGUUAUGUAUAUACAGAGCAGCUUUCAUUUUUCAAUGCAAAGUGAAGUGUUUCUUUCCUAAAAGCUCCAGUCCCAAAACAAUAUAAAAGGAAUAAUGACGAUGAUUCUCAAGAAUAUGGUUAUUUUUCCUUCUAAUGAAGUGUGUCAAUCCUCUUCCUGUGAAGGAAACUGUUGAUAUAUUGGUUUAAAAUGUAUUGUGCUGUGCCAAAAAUUCUGUCAGUAAACUCCUAAGUAUGAGAACAAGUGUAAAGUGAUACAGCUCAUCGAACACAAUAGUUGUCCCUUAUUAACACUAAAAAGGAGUAGGGUUCAAAGUGUAACAUACUUUUCGUCAGUCUAAACUGCCUGUGAAUUGGUGGCAGCUCCUCUCCUUUUUUCUUUCCAGAGUGAGUUGCAGUUUACCCACGCUGUCGAAUUAGGAAGCAGAGAUUUUUUAAAAUGCUCCUCCAUGUGGUUAAAGAAACAACACCUGACUACAAGUAGAAAUCUGUUGCAGGAAAGGAAACUUCCAGCUGAUGUGGCAGGGUAUUUUUGUUUGUUUGCAUGGACCCAGGGCUUGUUUGUGACAGUACUGAACCCUGGCACCUUUUUUUCAGGGCUCUCCCAAGUCCUGAGGGGGAAAUUGGUACAACCUUCUAAGUACUGGCACUUUUUUUAAACAAAUAAAGCACAGGACCUGUUUAGUAGGAGGUGUUGCCCAAACAAGGCCACAUGACAAGGCCACAAUAUGCUAAGCAUCCUCUACACCUGUAGGGUCAAACUGUGUUAAACAUGGCAAUGAUAUAGGACUGAGCUUUCUAAUAUAUACUUGGGUUCCAAUGUGGCACAGCAUUCAAGUCAAGAAAGAAAAACCAGCCAGGGACUCUCAGAUAAAAAGCUCCUUUAUUCUGCUAACAAAAUAAAAAUCUUCAGGUUUGCAAUCCUUUUAUAGGCUUUGAAAUAGCUAGACUUGUGAUUAUUGAUCUUGUGCAGAGUUUAGGAUCUGCAGCAGGAUUGUGUCAAAGGGUGUGGGGUCUGGUUUCCCAUUAGUGAAUCUGAAUUUUGGACAAAUUCAGAUGAGGUGAGGUAACAGAUUACAUCUUGAUGAAGUAGGUUAUGGUGAUUGAGUUGCCUGAGAACUGACAGGCCUCUUGGACAAAGGCUGAGCAGUGGCUAGAUGGCCUUCCCUGACCCCAUGAUUGAAGUAGUACAGGAGGUUAUUGUCCAGCAAUUACUCACAAACAUGGAUGUGAAGGAGUUGUAGAGGUUUAGACAAAAUGUGCUAUUUGGAACAUCCCAGCAGUUGGACCCAUGCCUAGCUGGGAACAUCGAAAGGAAUUCUUGCCAAUUUCAGGGCAACCUCUCUUGAUAUCAGACCUGGCAGUGAAGUCAGAGGAUCUUCUUGAAGUGAUCAAAUGCAGAAGUCUCUGGGGACGGCAUGCUCAUAGGUAACAGAGAAGGUGUCUCCACUUGCUCUCAGACAUGGUACAGAACACCCUUCUCUGUCAAUCUGCUGCAUGUGUAGAUCCAGCCUGAGAUUUGAUAGAGAACCAAAGCAAAUCAUGAGCGAGUACCUGCUGGCUCAUCCUGAGCCCAUGAGCUUUGAACAAGAACCAGGCUUUGUACACAGGGUUGUUUAGGAAAAAAAUGAUUGCGGAAUUUCAGAGCAAGAGGCUUAUUUCAGUACCGUUUGUUAUGCUUUGUGGCCUUGGGCAGCUUUUUAUACAACAGGCCCAGUUCUCUGGCACAGCACAAUUACAUUAAUGGGGGACCCUCUGAAUUUCAAUAGUAUGAAAAUAAAUUUGUACCUUCUGAUUGUGUAACAAAGAUGUGUCUUGGGAAGGAAAAUAUCUAAAUGGGUAUACAG